AUGGCAAAUAAAUGUCAGCCUCUCUCUCUCUCUCUCUCUCUCUCUCUCUCUCUCUCUCUCUCUCUCUCUCUCUCUCUCUCUCUCUCUAUCCCUCCCUCCCUCCUCUCUCUCUCUCUCAUCAUUAAUUUUCCCCCUCCCUCUUUUAUCUUAGGCAAGAAUUUGUGGGGACCGAUUUUCAUUUUCUCUUCGCAACAACAAAAAAUCGUUUUAGCAACAGUCUUCUCCCUCUUUCCUAUCAUAUUCCUCCCCUCCCCUAACAUCAAAGCUCACGCACCUUUUCUUUCCUCUUUUUGUUCUUUCUUUCUUUCUUUUUCUUUCUUUUUCUUUCUUUUUUUCCUCCACUACUUUUGCUUCUUCUUUUUAUUUUAUUUAUAUUUUCUCUUUCUUUUUGUUCGUUUGUUUUUUUCUUUCUUUCUUUUCCCUAUUUCUAUUUUGCGUCUAUUUCAUUCUUUCUCUAUUUUCUUUCUUCUUUUCUUUAUUUCUUUUCCUUCUCUAUUUUUGCUUUUUCCUAUUCUUACUUUAUUUGUUUCUUUCUUUUCCGUAUUUUUUAUUUUCUAUCUAUUUUACUUUCUUCUUUUUUCUUUUUCUUUCAUCUUUUCUUUCUUUAUUUAUUUUUACUGUCACCUUUUUUCUCUCCUUCUUUCGUUCUUUCUUUUACCGUACCUUCUUCUCUUCCAACUAUUCUUUUCGCAUUUUUCUUAUCCCCUCUCUCUCUCUCUCUCUCUCUCUCUCUUUCACACACACACUCUCUCUCUCUCUCUCACACACACACACACAAACUUUUUCUUCCUUUCUCUUUUUGCCCCGUAUUUGUCAAGCCAAAUAUUUAUACAAAUUGCAUUUCCUGUACACGAAACCUUGUGUUAG